CCAAACCCCAGCCCAGAGAGUUAACAGGAGCCACCGCCAGGAUGAGCUUAGACCUGAGUUCUGCUAAAGCUGGGCCGGGGUCCCUGGAGUGCGAGGGCAUCCCACCUGGGACCUCGCCACUGACCCCCCCUCCUUAUGCCGGGGAGGGGGCUCUGGAACUGCGAGGGUCUUUGGAUUGCUGGGCUUGCGCGGUGCUGGUGACUCUCCAAAACUUGCUGGUCGGUGCGCUCAACCUCCUCCUGGCCGGAUUCGUCUUCGGGUUGAUUUUGCUGCCGGCUGGGGUCCUUUUGGGCUUCGGAUUUCUCUGCCACUCCAAGUUCCUGAACACCCAGGAGUACUACUGCGCCGACCACUUGCACGAUGCAGCCGCCGUGGGCCUUUUGGUGGUGGGCUUCACCCUGCUGGUGCCCCUCCUGGUCUUGGCCCUGGCCGCUUACUGUCGCCUGGCGCGCCGCCUGCAGCUCGGCUACUGCCUGGUGCCCUACAGCAAAGCCAUUUACAAGAACCUGCCCGCCAGUCGCUACCACAGCGUGGGCUGCUGCGGCUGUUGCUCGCAGCACCUGGAUGCGGCCGGGGAAAAGGUGUGGGUGUGAGGAGGGUCAGGAUCUGGGGAUAGGGGGAGGCCCGCCGAAGGAAUCGGAAAGGCCUUGCAAAAACACCUGGGUGGAAUGGACUGGCUUCUCUUGGGCAUGGAGGAGGUGGCUGGCACAAAUUCCCAGAGGAGUCCGCCUCCGUCGAGAAGAAGACGAAACGGGUUUUAUUUUAGCCGCCAGGAAAAGAAAAUGGAAGUGUGGAUUCCGUCUCCUAAGCGAGGACCUCGAAACGUUUCUCCUGGAACCGCCUCUCGAACUCGUCCUGUAUUGCUGCUUUGCAAAGUGGCGUUUUCCAACCUCGCCGGCUUUUUAAAAGGGAUGGGCUUCGAUUCCCAGAAUGCCCCAACCAGGCAUUCUGGGAGUUGGAAGUCCAUCUCUCAGAAAGUUGCAGAAUUGGAAAACGUACAGCUAAUGCAUUUACGGAAGUUGCUGCGAAUGAAUUAACCAGAAAUUAUCUUUUUUAUUAUUAUUAUUAUUAUAUACUUUGUACUUCGA